CGGCGGGGGAGGGAGGGCCCCACGGACGGACGGACGCACGAACCGACCGAGCGAGGGAGGCAGCGAGCGAGACUUCGCUGGCGAGGAGGAGCCGCGCGAGCGGCGGCUGCUGGGCGCUUCCCCGCGCUGCUGGGCGCUCGGCGCCUCCGCGGCCCCGGCUCCCGGCCGCAGCUUCCUCGCGCGCGCGGGGCGCCGGGCGCGGGGCCCGGGCUGGCUUCGCGGAAGGGUUUGCUGAACUAACUCCAAGCUGGUGUGCCUAGCGUCCGCGCGGCUGCCGGCCCAAGAGCUGGAGUCACCAUGGCGGCCGGAGUUGCGGCCUGGCUGCCUUUUGCCCGGGCCGCGGCCAUCGGGUGGAUGCCGGUGGCCAACUGCCCCAUGCCCCUGGCCCCGGCCGACAAGAACAAGCGGCAGGAUGAGCUGAUCGUCCUCAACGUGAGUGGGCGGAGGUUCCAGACCUGGAGGACCACGCUGGAGCGCUACCCGGACACCCUGCUGGGCAGCACGGAGAAGGAGUUCUUCUUCAACGAGGACACCAAGGAGUACUUCUUCGACCGGGACCCCGAGGUGUUCCGCUGCGUGCUCAACUUCUACCGCACGGGAAAGCUGCACUACCCGCGCUACGAGUGCAUCUCUGCCUACGACGACGAGCUGGCCUUCUACGGCAUCCUCCCGGAGAUCAUCGGGGACUGCUGCUACGAGGAGUACAAGGACCGCAAGAGGGAGAACGCCGAGCGGCUCAUGGACGACAACGACUCGGAGAACAACCAGGAGUCCAUGCCCUCGCUGAGCUUCCGCCAGACCAUGUGGCGGGCCUUCGAGAACCCCCACACCAGCACGCUGGCCCUGGUCUUCUACUACGUGACUGGCUUCUUCAUCGCCGUCUCGGUCAUCACCAACGUGGUGGAGACAGUGCCGUGUGGCACGGUCCCGGGCAGCAAGGAGCUGCCAUGCGGGGAGCGCUACUCGGUGGCCUUCUUCUGCCUGGACACGGCGUGCGUCAUGAUCUUCACCGUGGAGUACCUCCUGCGGCUCUUCGCGGCGCCCAGCCGCUACCGCUUCAUCCGCAGCGUCAUGAGCAUCAUCGACGUGGUGGCCAUCAUGCCCUACUACAUCGGUCUGGUCAUGACCAACAACGAGGACGUGUCCGGCGCCUUCGUCACGCUCCGGGUCUUCCGCGUCUUCAGGAUCUUCAAGUUUUCCCGCCACUCCCAGGGCCUGCGGAUCCUGGGCUACACACUGAAGAGCUGUGCCUCCGAACUGGGCUUUCUUCUCUUCUCCCUCACCAUGGCCAUCAUCAUCUUUGCCACUGUGAUGUUUUAUGCCGAGAAGGGCUCCUCGGCCAGCAAGUUCACAAGCAUCCCUGCCUCGUUUUGGUACACCAUUGUCACCAUGACCACACUGGGAUACGGAGACAUGGUGCCUAAGACGAUUGCAGGGAAGAUCUUCGGCUCCAUCUGCUCCUUGAGUGGCGUCCUGGUCAUUGCCCUGCCAGUCCCUGUGAUUGUUUCCAACUUUAGCCGGAUUUACCACCAGAAUCAGAGAGCUGAUAAACGCAGGGCACAAAAGAAGGCCCGCCUUGCCAGGAUCCGUGUGGCCAAAACAGGCAGUUCGAAUGCAUACCUGCACAGCAAGCGCAACGGGCUCCUCAACGAGGCGCUGGAGCUGACGGGCACCCCAGAAGAGGAGCACAUGGGCAAGACCACCUCACUCAUCGAGAGCCAGCAUCAUCACCUGCUGCACUGCCUGGAAAAAACCACUGGGUUGUCCUAUCUUGUGGAUGAUCCCCUGUUAUCUGUACGAACCUCCACCAUCAAGAACCACGAGUUUAUUGAUGAGCAGAUGUUUGAGCAGAACUGCAUGGAGAGUUCAAUGCAGAACUACCCAUCCACAAGAAGUCCCUCACUGUCCAGCCACCCAGGCCUCACUACCACCUGCUGCUCCCGUCGUAGUAAGAAGACCACACACCUGCCCAAUUCUAACCUGCCAGCUACUCGCCUGCGCAGCAUGCAAGAGCUCAGCACGAUCCACAUCCAGGGCAGUGAGCAGCCCUCCCUCACAACCAGUCGCUCCAGCCUUAAUUUGAAAGCAGACGACGGACUGAGACCAAACUGCAAAACAUCCCAGAUCACCACAGCCAUCAUCAGCAUCCCCACUCCCCCAGCGCUAACCCCAGAGGGGGAAAGUCGACCACCCCCUGCCAGCCCAGGCCCCAACACGAACAUUCCUUCCAUAGCCAGCAAUGUUGUCAAGGUCUCCGCCUUGUAAAACCACUGGACAGAGGGCCAGAGGGGGUAGUGGGGAAUGAAGGGGACUGGCAUGUUGGUGGGUGGCCACUGGGACCACUCCCUCCCCCCUUUCCCCACUAUUUCUGCCUGCCCCAUUGUACCCCUAGCACUGAGACUUGUGCCUGGAAGGAAAAAGAGGUAGCAAAGGGGCACCUGAGGUUCACGCUGCUAGCGUGGACAUAGCCCUGUGAUACUGCAUCUCACUGGGGCCAGAGGAAGGGAGGGAGGGUGGGGGGGUUGGGGAUGGGCCGGGGGAUGUAGGCUAUGUGCCAGGACAGGGCCUGGAUGGAGAAGCCUCAGACUCAGACCAAAUAACAAUCGUUUCUGGAGACCCCAGUGAGGAAAAUACAAGACCAAGAGCAGCAAAGAGGCCAAGUUGUCACAAGCAAAACAGGAAGAAAAUAUAACACUGUGUAUUUAAGCACCUUUUUCAAGGCUCUUAAUGGAUAAUAUUUAUUCAUGGGAAAAGGUGGAAAACAAAAACACCAACGGAUUUUUGUGAAAUGUUUUUCUCCAUGGACCCAACACCUUUGAACCAAAACAAUGCAUUUUGUGAGGGAUUUUUUUUUUCUCCUUUUAUAGCAAAAGCUUUUAGGCUAAGAAGUCAGUUAUUGCUGAGUUCUCUCUCCAUUCCCCCAGGUGGGUGAGGUCAACUGAGCCUGGGCCCCCACUGCCCAGCUGACCUGUGCAGAGCUGCCAAGUGACCACACGGCAAUCCUUACCCUUUGUCUGUCCCUGUCUUCCUUGUCUCUGUACCUCUCUGCUUACCCCUGGCUGUUUCUGUGUCCAGCCAUCUGUCUCUACCUGGAUCCCAAUGAUCCUGAAACACAUCAGUAAAGCCUUCUUCAUCACUGCCUCACACAACAGACUUGUGCCUGGGAGUUCUAUCUGUGUGAAUGCAACUGCAGAGGAGGAAAGAGUGAAGCAAAAAUUGGGAGAGUUUAGGGGUAAGGAAGUCUACCUCACAGAACAGAGGUAGACUGUUCCUUUGGGGUUGGAACCACUGGUGUUUGCAGUUUCAGUUUCUGGGAAAGAAAGGGAAUGAACAGGUUUAUCACACUGGAAUCUUGAAAAGGCAAAUCACCAACACCUGUGAUGCGGUCAACUCUGGUAUGUGCCAGUGAGGGGAAAACGGAAGGACCCAGGGCUUGCAGCCUCAGCCGGUCAUUAUGGCACCUUGCUAUGGACCCUUCCUUCAAGACCUACCAUAAAGCUCAUCCAGAGCCCUUCCAAGAGGCCCCGGAAGUAGUUUCCUCCAGAGAGGGCAGUGGUACGGGGACCAAGAUUCCUCUGAUUUAUAUCAAACCAGAGGCAACUCCCACACAGAGGCUGUAGAAGGGUAAGCCUGUGUGCCUCAAGAAAAAUGCUUCAAAGCAAAAGCAAGUAAGAGAUUCUAGAUGAUUCUUACCUGCUAUGAAAGAUGCCUUGAUGUCUGAAGAGGCUUCAGCCUGAUCUCCCUGAAGAUGCUGAAAUGGGGGAGAAGCCUGAUCACCUCUGUGCAAGCAAAGGAGUGAAGAUUAUUUCUUGAACACCUGGACAACAUAUCUGUUCAACUAGUUUGCACCCUGGUGGAGCUGGGGGCAGCAUUUCUGGAAUCCUCCUAACCAUUGUUCACUGCUUAUAGCAGAGUAGGUGGGCCUCAGGGUUAGGGACAAGUCCUUUCCUGCCCUUACCAACACCCAGCCACCUUGCUGCAGUCUCUGUAGCCUGGGCUCUGAAAUACAUGAGCUCCUCGGGAGCUGCUUAUCCAUCCUACAGCUUAGUGGUUAGCUGUUUAAUUGUAGGCCAAGAAUUUCUCUCCCCACCACAGCCAUCUAAAUGAGUUUCACUAGCCAGGAAUCUAAAAACACCCUUCGUGGGCUUCCCUAUGACCCCAGCUCGAUUGACCCUGUAGGCUCAAAAGGUUUCGAGGUGGCACCUAACCAGAAUGCAGGCAGAAGGCAGAGGAGAGGGAGCCUUCUUUCUAUCUUUAUCUCCUUAUGCUUAUCCUUAUUGACCACAGGCUGAGUUCUUUCUCUGGGUCCCCUAAUGUGGGAAUGGAGUGGUUCUUGCCCUCUGAGCUUACAGACUAAGGCGGCAGAAAAGCUUUACAACUACAGAGUACAUGUGUAUACACACAACCAACCUAAACACAUCAGAGAAUACAUACUUAAAUCAAUUCACUUCAUAUACACAUCUCAUUAGAAGACCAAGCUAAACUUCACUUAGAAGGCAGGCAAAGGACUAGAAAAGAAUUUUUCUCUUAAAAAAAAAAUGAGUACUAGAGCAAAAUUAUGAGUGUCUAAGUAUCUUAGUUAUACUUCAUAAGAUCUGACUGGGGUAAGAGAUAAAGAGGUAAAUAGGGCUGGGUGCGGUGGCUCACACCUGUAAUCCCAGCACUUUGGGAGGCUGAGGCAAACAGAUCACCUGAAGUCAGGAGUUGAAGACCAACUUGGCCAACAUGGUGAAACCCCAUCUCUACUAAAAAUACAAAAAUUAGCCAGGCAUGGUGGUGAGCCCCUGUAAUCCCAGCUACUUGGAAGGCUGAGGGGGAGGAAUGCUUAAACCCGGGAGGCGGAGGUUGCAGUGAGCCGUGAUUGCACCACUGCACUCCAGCCCAGGCGACAGAGCAAGACUCCAUCUCAAAAAAAAAAAAAAGAAAAGAAAAGAAAAAAAAAAGGAGGUAAAUUAGAACAUGGUUGCACACACAUACAAACUUCCUGUGAUGAAUUUAAGAACAGAUCAUUACAGUGUUAGAAUAAUGACAGAUUCAACAAAGGAUCUGUUUGAUAGGGCACCAAGAGAACAUUUUACUGGUUCCCACAAAAAUUAAUAAAUGUUUAAUAUCAUGUCCCAAGCAAUUUCCCAUGUUUUUUUAUUGGUCCUAAUCAACAGAACGUUUUGUGUUCCUUCCACUUCACGUUCAGAGCCCACGUCAUGCCACUUCCUAAAAGACCAUUAGACCAUCCCCUUUUUCUCCAUCCUCCACUGUAGCCUUAGCCAGAGAAAAGAGUCAGCUCACUUCCGGUCCAAAAAAUGUCAACCUUUGGAAAAUGGCUCAUCUACACUACAGAACACAGCCAGAUGACACUGCUAAAGGGUACUGUAAGAAAACACAAGGUCCAAAGUAUGCUGAAUCGGUUUCAUAAGUCUAACUCAUUGGCCAGUGACUGAAAAACCAGGAUAUCAGGAUUUUCUGGGGGCCAAUAGCCAUGACCCUUGAGCUUUCAUAGUUCAUGAACCACUCUGACAUAAUAAAAGAUUCCCAAAACCACCUAUUCCAUUCAGUCCCACUCAGCAUUAGGAGGCGGAGGGCAAAACAAACAAACAAACAAACCUAACAGUUACAUUCAAAUCUCAAAUGAAUGUGAACCUAGAAAAUGUAGUAUUAAGAGCAUAUCAGAACUAGAAAAUAUUUAAGAAUAUAUAAUUCAUUUUAUAGUAUAGAAAACUGAGACCCAGAGAAAUUAAAUGACUUGUUCAAGGUCAUGCAGUUAUUUAAUGACAGAGCUGAGACCAGAACACAAGUCUUUUGGCUAUUAGUCUAAUGCGUUUUCUACCACACCCACUGCCUCUGAGAGCAGUGAUGCUUUGGAGAAGAUCCAUCAAAGAAUCCAUACUGUAAUUGGAGACAUAGUCUUAUAUGUGAAUACUUAUAGGUCAAUACUACUUGGACACAGCCCUUGGAAAUCACCUGACUGUACCAAUACAAACCAUACUUUGGAAACCACCAUUCUCUGGGUAGAACCAUCUAUGGACUAUCAAUUUUGUCAGAAAUCAGUGAACAAGUGAGGAGUCAAUUUUUUUUAGUCAAAUAUUUUCUCUUCUCAAUGAAGAGAAGACUAAGACAAUGACAUUUUGAAGCAUACCUUUUAUACUCCUUGUGGUCCUUAUGACAGUCUGUGAUGGUAGUAGGUAAAGUAGCUAAAUCCUUGAUUCAGAGAGGGGAAAACAUGUAGAAAGAAACUGAAUGAUUUAUCCAAGUUCACAUGGCAAGUUAGUGGCAUAACCAUUAUUGCAAUCCAGGACUUAAGACAUCUUGUCCUAGGAUUUUUCCUCCACAUUAUAUUGCACUGCUCUGAGGCUUGCUUAUAUUUUUAAUACCUGGAUUUCCAGGGUGGUGACUUGAGGGAGGGAAGUAUUCAAUUCAGAACCACCGUGAACCAAGAUCUCUAGAAACAAACUCUGUACUAUUUCUCCUUCAUCUCCUAUUUUCAUAACUAGUGCCAAGCUCAGGACUAACUGCAUAGACUCCCUUUCAAAAGACCAACAGAUAUUCUCAGUGACAGUUGAACACAUUAGUUUACAAUCACACAGAAUUUGAACAGAACUUAAAGUUGACAGUUAAUGCCGAUCUAUGAUUAACAAAAACGUCAACUUGUGGAUAUGCUGAUGAUUUUAUCCAGUUUUCAAAAUAUGAUUCCUACAGUUCAGGAUAUCACUUAUUAGAUUGUAGACAAGGAAAAUGUACAUUGGGACAUUAUGUACUUAAGAGUUUUUCCUUAAGUUUUGCAGAGGAAGUGGUUGAAAAUUGAGCUAACACUAGAUUUUGAGGUUACUAAUGAAUUCCAGUUUUCCAGUCUCCCACUUCAAUUACCAAGUAACUAUAAGGCAAAAAUAUUCCAAUGCUGUGAACUUAAGGCAAUAUUCAUUUCUUUUCUACACUACUUGGCAUGGUAACCAUGACAAACUUUUAUUUUCUUUCUGAUUUCCUAAUGAAAUCUCAUUAUUUGCAAGCUUUAAAAUGACUAGAUGAAGGAAAAACAUUGUUAUGACCAAUGACCCUCGGAGCCCAAACAGCACCAUGAAGAGCAUCAUUAAAACUAAGAGAAAGUGGCUAUCAGAAAAUUAAACAGCUUUAAAGGGGUUCCUUUUAAGUCUUGUUUUCUAUUCAGAAUGUUCUGUGUUUUUUCUCAAGUGUGGGAAUGACAUUUAUCUUAGCAGGUUACUCAACUACACUGGAUGAUGUCACUCUAACCAGUGUAGGGCACUGACCCAAGUCCUGGGGGGCUCCUUGGACCAAUGGACUAUUUUACAAACCUGGGAGGUGGGAGGGAUGGUAUAUUUUUGAUAAUCAGACAUUCCAAUGUAAUGUUUUCCUUAGAGGUCACACCCUUCCCCCCAUUAAUGUCAUCGUGAGAUACAUCGAGUGUGUUCUUUUCUAUUUUCGUAUAAUAAAUGGGCUUUGCUUAUCAACAUCACAAUGGCAAAGAAGAAAUAUACUGUACAAAACUGCAGGAAGAUAAAACAUGAAAACUUUCUAUAAAAAAAAAAACCCUUGAGUUUCCUGUCGUCUUCUUUUGAAACUGUAGUGCAUAUGUUAAAACAUGUAUAUCAUUUACAGUACUGAGUCGUGUGCCACUGCUGUACCUGAUGUAUCCAAUCUGGAUUAAACAAAUUAUGUGCCACAAACCCUAAAA